AUGUAUGCUCACACUACAUACUUCAGGUACGCUUCUGCGUUUCAUAAACCAGGGAGUGGAGGAACGCUGAACCUACCGUUUCAAAGACCACCUGUACCAUGCAGGAACUUCUAUAGUGCUGCCGUAGAAGGCGUCAUAAACGAUAUUACGUCCAAGAUGAAGGAUUUAGAUCUGGCCCAGCUUUUCCGAAAUGCAUACCCAAAUACCUUAGAUACCACGGUUCAGGACGGCUGCGUAAAUGAUACGUGCGAAGGGAACCCAAAGACAUUCGUCAUAACUGGAGACAUUCCGGCAAUGUGGAUACGUGAUUCAACAUCUCAAAUGAAUCCGUAUAUGCCAUUAGCACCACAGGAACCAUCGCUUAAAAAAAUGAUUCUCGGUGUUAUUUAUAUGCAAGCACAGUUUCUCGACCUCGAUACAUAUGCCAACGCUUUUGAGUUGCCAGCCAGCAGUACCAACGUGGAUCUAUAUAGCCAUGAUACGGGCGGCAAGGGGACAGCUAGAGUUUGGGAAGAGAAAUACGAAAUUGAUUCGCUGGCCAAUUUUCUGAGACUGUCACAUAGUUACUGGAACACCACAGGAGACUCGAGUUUUGUCAAGGAUCCAGUGUGGAUGUCGGCGGUUAAAAAGGUCAUUGAUACCAUCCAUGAGCAACAAGAACCUACCUUUGAUAACAAACCAACCAAAGAGUUUUACAAGUUUGUAAAGUCUUCGACACGGCCAACUGAAACUCAGUUUCUCGAUGGUAGAGGCAAUCCUACCGUUCGAACAGGCUUGGUUAGGUCGUUGUUCCGGCCCUCGGACGACGCUACCAUAUUCCCUUUUUUUAUACCCGGAAACGCUAUGCUCUCAGUGGAACUACACCAUCUUUCUCAGAUGCUGAACGCCACGAAUAGCGAUUUUAACGUAUCCGCUACGGCUGCUAUGCUUUCCGACGAGAUUCGGCAAGCAAUAUACGACCAUGCUAUUAUUAACCAUCCUCAAUACGGCAAAAUUUUUGCUUACGAGGUUGAUGGUUAUGGCUCUAAUCUCAUCAUGGACGACGCAAACAUCCCUUCAUUGCUCUCCCUGCCUUAUCUUGGAUUUGUGGAUCAAAAUGAUGCAGUUUAUCAAAAUACUCGCAAACUCGUGCUUUCAACGUCAAACCCAUUCUACUUUGAAGGACCAAGAGGCGCCGGGAUUGGUGGACCUCAUGUGGGACUAAGUGCUGUGUGGCCGAUGUCUCUGGUGGUGAGGAUUUUGACAUCCUCGAGCGACGAUGAGAUCCGGUCCGCACUAUCUACGCUUCUGAACACAACAGACAGCACUGGUCUCAUCCAUGAAUCGUUCGAUACGUGGGAUGAAGGGUCGUACACUCGACCUUGGUUCAGCUGGGCAAACGGGCUAUUCGGAGAAGCCAUCGUGAAGAUUGCUAGAGAGAAACCUCAUCUGCUAUUUUAA